AUGAUACCCCUUAGGGACAAAGUGGGAGCCUUUGCAGAAGGUCCCAGCCAGCCCCCCUUUUUUGGACUCACUGCAUUAGGCCUCAGCCUGGACUCCUCAUUGGUGGAAAGGGGCGAAUCCAGCCACAGCUUUAGAGCUAAUGUGGGCCAACUCAACUACGAGGCUCGGACGGAGCUGGGACACACAGAGAGGCUAGUGUUAGCACAGAUGCGCGCUGCAGCGGGGCGAGGCACCGCGUUGCAUAAGCGCCAGUCCUCCAUUGGCGCAUGGCUAACACUGGUUAGCAUCAAGAUGGCUGAAUAUCUCGCCUCCAUUUUUGGCACAGAGAAAGAUAAAGUGAACUGCUCUUUUUAUUUUAAAAUUGGUGCCUGUCGACAUGGAGACCGAUGCUCUAGGUUGCAUAAUAAGCCUACAUUCAGCCAGACAAUUGCCUUGCUAAAUAUUUAUCGCAACCCUCAAAACAAUGUGCAAUCUGCUGAUGGCAUUGCCUGUGCCAUUACUGAUAUGGAGAUGCAGGAGCACUAUGACGAGUUUUUUGAGGAGGUCUUUGCUGAAAUGGAGGAAAAGUAUGGUGAAGUGGAAGAGAUGAAUGUAUGUGACAACCUUGGGGACCAUUUAGUUGGAAAUGUCUAUGUCAAGUUUCGAUCUGAAGAAGAUGCUGAGAAGGCAGUCAUAGAUCUCAAUAACCGCUGGUUUAAUGGUCAGCCUAUUCAUGCAGAACUCUCUCCGGUCACAGAUUUCAGAGAAGCUUGUUGCCGCCAGUACGAGAUGGGGGAAUGCACCCGGGGUGGAUUCUGUAAUUUCAUGCAUCUGAAGCCAAUUUCUCGAGAGCUAAGAAGAGAGCUCUAUGGACGUCGAAGAAAAAACCGUCACAGGUCUCGCUCGCGGUCUCGGGAGAGGAGGUCUCGCUCUAGGGAUCGGGGCAGAGGAGGUGGUGGUGGUGGUGGUGGUGGAGGUGGAGGUGGAGGAGGCCGUGACCAGGGUCGCCGCCGCUCCAGGGACCGGGAGCGCUCUGGGAGGUUUUGA